CCGUUAAUCCAUAAUCUUAAAUAGGUACUACUCAUAUCUUUAUAACCACACGGAAGAAGUCACGGGCAACAGCUAGUUGAUAACAUCCAAAUAAAUUACAAACACCUUCUAUAAAAACAAUAAACAAACAAAAAAAGACAAACAGAUUGACACAAGAUAAUUAACCAAUUAUUUUGUUAAUCUCUUUGACAAGGAAAAGAAGUUUUUGACUGCGGAAAUAGAUAGCAUUUGAUUGAUUUGGGAUAAGUUUAUAAAACACCGUUAAAUUUGACGCGACUCAGUUGACCAGAAACUUGCGAUCGAAGCAGCGAUAUACAACUAGUUAAGAUGUUUCAUGUUCUACCAUUUGUGUGUCUGUUUGUUUGUGUGAAGGCUGUGGUACAGAAUGCUAGCUGUCCUCUUGUGACUCCUAGGGAGGUGGAUUUGAAGGGACUCGACGGUAAAUGGUACCUAGCCGCUGUAGCAACAGACCUACAGAUCGAAGGCGACUGUGCGAUGGUCCUCUUCAACCACAAGACGAACAACACAACAGAUGUGUCCAUAAGCUGGAUUGUGAACAACACAGUCAGUUACUACAACGGUUCUGUUGCUCUCACUGUGGAUGAUAGCGGUGGUGACUUGCUGUUCGUUACUUAUACAGAUCAGAAAUCAGAAAGAUACUCUGUAUUGGAUGUGAACUAUGAACAUUAUGCCGUUAUAUUUGCGUGUUAUAACAACACUGCUGACAACAGCAGUACUUAUGAACUAUGGAAACUCACACGCAUGCCGCACGUAAAAAAUGUCGACUCAACCAAAAUAGAUGGCGCUAUAGCCAACUAUAGCUUACAAAAUACGCCAUUUUUAUAUUUCAAUAACACAGAAGACACGUGUAGAAUAAACGCGGGAAACCAUUUGAAUCCAGCAUCUUUGAUACUGACGUCAUCUGCAGCGAUAAUACUGUUUAGAAGGUUAUAUUGAAUAAAGUUAUAAUUGUAUGGUAAUGUUAGGGAGAUUGGGAGAGAGUUUUUAAUAUAAGUUAAGAGUGUUUGGUUAUUAAGUAAUACAAAAAUUGGUAAGGUUAUAAGAAUAUAUAAGUAAUUUUACUUUUGAUAAUCUUCUCAUUUGCAUUGUCUGCAGAUUGUUUUUCUUUUAUAUUAAAUAAUGUAGAUUAUGUAAUUUAUUGUAUUUCAAAUGAGUCUCGCAUAAUUUUAAAAAUAUGUCUUAACCUGUAAUUAAGUGUGACAGUAGGAAACUUUACUCUAAGGUAGGAAAAUCAAUUAUAACUUAAGUUAGAGUAAGUAAAAUUUGUAUUCUAUUUAUUAUCUAUUGUCUCUAUUUGUAUCUAUUUAUAAUUAUCUAUCUCUAUUGUC